CCUGAGGGUGUGGGUAUUCAGAGCUUUGGUGCGAUACUAUUUCGCAUUUGGACUGAAUACAUGAUGGACCCACACAUUAACGAUAUACUGGACUAUGUUAGGUACUACGAGCCGCUCACGGUGGAGAAUCUCCGUCCUCCGGAGGAGCUGCUGUCCUCGGAGGAGGACGAGGACGACGAUUUCUCCGUCGGAGAGGCCGAGCUUGUCUUGGAACAAGCGGACGUCUUCCUGAAGGAUGCCAAGGCCUUCGUGGGUGAAGCGCGUUCCUUCAUCGAGGAAGCCGACUCUAUCUUGGAUAAAAGGAAUGCAACCAAAGGCAAUGAAGUUAAGAGAAGCCUCCACAACAAUGUGGCCAGGGACAACUUGGCUGGUGAUGAUUUCUCCAAAGAACUGGACCAGCUCGCGGAUGAGUCAAAAGGGAAGGCCAGAGAUAACUCAAAAGGGAAGGCCAAAGAUAAGUCAAAAGGGAUGGUCAGAGAUAAGGCCAUGGACAACUUAGUUGGAGAUGAUGUCUCCAAAGAGCUGGACCAGCUCUUGGAUGAGCCAGAAGAGAUGGUGAAAGAUAAAUCCAAUGACAACAUGGCUGAUGACGAUUUCCUCAAAGAACUGGACCAAAUCUUGAAUGAACCAGAAGAGAUGGAGGAUGACAAGGCCAAAGACUGUUUAGUUGUUGAUGAUUUCUCCAAAGAACUGGACCAGCUCUCGGGUGAGUCAAAAGAGAUGGGCAGAGAUGAGGCCAGGGACGACUUGGUUGGAGAUGACUUCUCCAAAGAGCUGGACCAGCUCUUAGAUGAGGCAGAAGAAAUGUUGGGCAUGACCCCUCAGAAGCCCAACCUCACAAAUGUCAGUCUCCAGAACAGUGAUUUGGAACCUAAGAGUCACAGCUCAGCAGUCUCCAAGACGAAGUCCUUGAGCCGUCCUGGUUUCCCAAUAACUGAGAAAGUCCCCCUUCCUAGUGAAAAAAGCUUCCGCAAAGAAAUGGAAGACUGCGACAGCUUAAUCAGGGAGCUGGACCAGAUGCUCGAUGAGCCCGAAACGCAUCGCCCCGGGUCACGAGCCCGCACGCAGGCCGCGACUUCUCUUUCAGAAGAUUGUGGCAGCAGCUACGGGGGGCCCCAGAAGCCGAGGUCAUGCAGGAGGAAGGCUGAGAUUCUUGGAUCCCCCAAAGUCUCAGUCACCCCGAACUCAACAAAAGUGGAUACAACUAUAGAAGCAGAGACAUUGACUGAGAAGAGCCAUGAGGAAAAUUUCACCAUUCCUGCUGUGGCUGAAACAGAUGUCAGCCUCCAAGGAACCAGGAGUACUCAUUGCUGGAAUAGGUGGUGGGCGAGAGUCUGGAGGAAGGAUCACAGAUCUGUGGAGAGUGAGAUAUCGGUCAUCAGGAAGAGCAACACAGUGGUCUGCACCGACAGGACUACUGAAGCGCCGGGCUGCUGUUCCUUCUGCCUUCCUUUAUUUCAAAUAUUCAAGGCAAACCGGAAUUUCAGCAGGAGAUGAAAUAAAGAUAUAUAUUUUUUCCUUCUCA